CUCACACUCAUCGCCAAGUAAGCAGCAACAACAACAAAAACCCUUAACUCCAACCAUGUACGGAAACCAAACAGCCGCUGAUUUCCUGUUCUUCCCCUCCGCCGCCACGAUGGACACGGAUCAGACCGCCGCCACCUCGCCGUUCCUCCCUCCCGCCGCCGCCUCCUCGCACCACCUUCCGUCGGCAGCUCUCCUGCAACACUACCAACACGCGCUGUCGGCUAGAAUACUGAUGGACUCUUCCGCCGGUCAACGUCAGAGCAGCAGCAGCUCCAGCAGCUCUCCUCCCCCGCCGCCGAACACCUCCUCCUCCUCCUCCGGCUUGCCAGGUGGUUGUCCCAUGCAGCGGAGCCUCAGCAGCCACUCUCUCGCACACGAGCUGUUCCUGGCCGCUGGCCGCGGCGGUCCCGAGCAGUGCUACGUGGAGGACAGUAGCGCGGCGGUGAGGAGGGUCUUCAGCGCCGGAGAUUUGCAUCAGGGGCAAUAUUAUCAGCAUCGAAGCAGCAGCAAUAAUGGCGGGAGCAGGGGAGAGAGCCCGUUGUCGAGCGAGAGCAGCGUGAUCAUCGAGAGCAUGAGCCGUGCAUGCAAGUACACUCCCGAGGAGAAGCAGCAGCGCAUAGAACGGUACCGUACCAAGAGGAACCACCGCAACUUCAACAAGAAGAUUAAGUAUGAGUGUAGGAAGACGCUGGCGGACAGUAGGCCGAGGAUAAGAGGAAGGUUUGCGAGGAACGACGAGAUAAUAACUGAUCAUAACGGUCUUGAUCACGUAAGUGGUGAUGAUCAGUGUCAGUAUCAGUAUCAAGAUCAGUUCAACGGCCAGCAGUGGUCGAGCAGCAAUCAGAACUACGGGGAAGAGUGUUAUGAUGCGGAGGAAGAAGAUGAUGAUAACUAUUGGGUUAAUUUCCUCAAUGCAGCAAAUUCCUUCCCUUGAUAUGUAAUCACUGUAGGGAUAUGAUUAACUAGUUCCUAGUUAGUCACUAAUUAAGUAAAGCUGCCUUUAAUUACUUUAUUAUUAUUAUUAUUAUAUGUAUACGUACGUAUGGAGAAAGGUCUCUGGUGAGGGAGCGAUGGAGUAGAACUCCACAUGGCUCCAUCAUGAGCAAGCAGCAGCUAUGUUAAAAUAUAGCUAGCUGAUUGUGAUUGUGGUAGCUAGAGACUACCGUUUUCUGUUAGUUUAUUCUUGGUGUCACCGUGGCCGUAUAUAU